AUGCUCUCGUCAACUCCUCCGCCUCAUAUCCAGGGCUCAGACAGUAUACAUACCUCAGAAGACAUCAGCCUCUAUGCCAGACAUCACGGCAAGUUGACAGAUGAAGGAAAACACAAGUUACUGACAUGGGACUGGAGUCCACAUGCUGGCCUGACCAGCAUGUGUUCCCACGGUCAAGGAGCACCAUCAUCUCCCACAGUGGCGGGACAAGUCAAAGAAGGUGUCCGACUCUACACUUACCCCAUCCUGCAGUCGGCAGACAUUAUGCUGUACAAGUCUACCGUGGUGCCAGUGGGAGAGGAUCAACUGACACAUCUGGAGCUAGCUCGUGACCUUGCCAGGGCGUUCAACCGCCAAUAUGGGACACUGUUCCCUGCCUUCAACUCUUACAUAGGAUAUGUACCAAAGAUCAGAUCCUUAAAAGAUCCAUCUAGUAAAAUGAGUAAGUCGGACAAUAACGCUGCCUCAAGAAUUGAUCUUACUGAUUCAUCAAGCACUGUUAGAGACAAAAUUGCCAAAGCAGUGACAGAUGCUGUUUCUAAGGAUAUAACAUUUGACCCUGAACUUCGACCUGGGAUAUCUAACUUGAUUGACAUUUGCUCGGCUCUGACUGGUAAAAGUUCAGAAGACAUUGUGAAAUUAACGCAGGACAAAGGAAUGGACAAGAAAACAUUUAAAGAGUUUGUUACUGAAACUGUGAACGAAUCAAUUCAGCCAAUCAGCAGUGAGAUGCAACGAAUACUUAGUGACAGAGGUCAUUUAAGGUCAAUACUGAAGCAAGGUCAGGAGAGAGCCAGUGUCCUUGCAGAAGAGACAAUUAAACAAGUGAAAACUUUAGUAGGACUUUCAUGA